UCACCACCACCACCGUCGCUACCACCACCGACGCUACCUCCACCGACGCUACCACCACCGACGCCAUCACCUCCGCCUCCGCCAUCGUUACCAACGUCGGGACGCCGUGUGUGACCGUCGCUGUCGUUUCAGUUACUAACAGACCGUGUGAUCGUUCGCAUUGCAGGCUGUGAAGCGCGAGAAUCGUGCGAGAGAGAGAAAGAGAAAGAGAAAGAGAAAGAGAAAGAAAAAAGAAAAAUAAAGAGGUGAGAUAGGAAUCGUAGCGAGCGGGGAACAUAAGAAAGAACCGUCGUGCAUAGAAGGAAGAGAAAGAAAUAAAAGUGGAAAAGGAAGGUGAAAAAUAGAGAGGAAGAGUCGAGCGAGAGGGAAAGGGGAAGGGAAAAAAGGGAGAGAAAGAGAGAAAGUACGUUGCGAGCCAUGCUGCAUGGUCUCGCCUGAACAAAGGAAGGCUCCCUCAACCCGAGGGUCGUUUCCGAUCGACGAACCGUCGGUCCCCCUUCGUUUGCCUUCGGCGCGCCUCGUGCGGUGUGUCUAGUAAAGGCAGCAAACGGUCAGUCACGCAGCAGCGGCCGAGCCGUGAGGAACGAAGAUCGGAAGAACCAGAGUACUACGAACAUCGAAAGAAAAAGCGUGCAUCGGUGCACCGGCUUGCCGGUGAAAACAAAGGAAACAGGCAAACAGCGAAAUAAUAUCGUGCUCGCCCUACCGCAAGUUUAUUGGCGACGAUUUCGCUUUUUAGUGGAGAAAGUGGAGGAAACUUCCUGUUCCUAUCAAAAUCUUUUUUACCGAAAUCGGCUCGGUUUUGUGUACGUUGCAAAGUCGUUCUCGCGUAUCGUUUCGCUCGAAAUCAACGCCGAAACUCGACCUAAGUGCUAAACAAAUACGGCGUUCUUCGCGCGUGUGUAUUUUUCAAGGUGCUUUCGUUCUCGCGUUCCGAAGCCUGUGGGUCGAACGACAAUCUCGAACGGCGACGGACAGAAAUUGGAUUUUCCGUUGGCAGUUUUGUGCGUGCGUAGUUAACCUAACCGGCGAGCUAACCUAACGACCGUUGUUGUGUAAGGGUAGGCGCGCGAAUAAUCGUUACGCGUACGUGUCGAGAAACCGAUCUUGAUGCGCGUGUCACUCGAGCGUGCUAAAUGGUGGAACAGAGUAGCUGAAUAAAGACGAGAGUCACUACGAGAUAGAUCUUUCCUCGAUUAUAAUACGCCGGCUCUUUGUUUGCCUUUAUUUUUCCUCCUUGAUACGUUUUUGUGUGACAUGUGCCACGAGUACACGGUGCAUGCUUGAAUCGAAGGAUUCUUUGAUCGCAAAGCAGUAUUCUUCCGUUCGACUACGUACGGAUUAUCCUCGUAUUUACGGUGAGUGAGUCCUGCACUGUUGUUGAGAGGUGCUGCUUCGAAACGAUAAGUUUGCGAGAGUUUAUACGCGAGAUCUACAAGGCUUAUGCAUUGAGGGGAUGCCGGUUGACUGAAGAUGGCCUCGCCGACACUCUCGCUGGAAUCGCGCGCGAAUUCCAUCGGAUCCCUAGCCUCGCUGUCCCCGCUUACGGUGAGCGGCAGUUCCCCGCCUGCGAGCGACUCUGCGAUCUGUGACGUCGACAGCUGCGACCUUUGCCUCGACUCGCAGAAACCUGGAGAGGCACCCUGUCCGCGGUGCCGAUUAGGAGGCGCCGGUGGAGUUCGUUGUACCGGUUGCAAAUCCACGGAAUCCGACGCUGUAGCUCGUUGCUUCGACUGUGCGAAUUUUCUCUGCCCAAAUUGCGUGAUGGCGCAUCAAUUUAUGCAUUGCUUCGAGGGCCAUCGCGUGCUCAAUCUAGGCGACUCGAAACUCGAGACGGUGACCACCGGCUCCGCUACCACCGAACUGCCGAAAAACAAUCUGGUGAUCAAUCUUCACGCUAGCGGAAACAGCGAAAAAGUACCUUACUGUCCCCGGCACAAGCAGGAGCAAAAAUACUUCUGUCGUACUUGCACAGCGCUAGUCUGCAAAGAGUGCGCCAUUUCCGACCAUCCUGGCCCGUUGCAUGACUGCGCGCACAUCUCCGAGGUAGGGAUGCAGCAGCUAGAGGCGAUGACACGAGUGGUUCAAGAGUGCAAAGCGAAAGCCGCGGACGUGAGAGCUGCCGUGAAGGCAGCCGACCACGGCGCAGCCCGACUACAAGUGCAGUAUCACAAGGCGCAGAACGAGAUCAACGACACUUUCCAGUUCUAUCGAUCGAUGCUGGAAGAGCGUAAGCAAGAACUGCUAAAGGAGCUGGAAUCGGUCUUCUCCACCAAACAAAUAUCUCUCGGCGUUCUGACGCAGAAAGCGAACGACAUGGCCGACAAGAUGCUGCAGACCUGCGAGUUCGUCGAACGAUUGACCAAGUAUGCCACCGUUACCGAAGUGUUGAUGGUGAAGAAGCUUCUCGACUCGAAGCUACAGCUGCUGCUAAGUUACACGCCGGACAUUGCCGGUCAGACCGCCGACCUCGAGUUCGUCAGCAACUACCAGGCCAUUCAGGUAGGCGUGCGAAACACGUUCGGCUACGUUCGAAGCAACAACGAGAGCAACGCCGGCCCGAUUGGCAAACAGCCACCCAUCGCUAGACCAACGACAAUGUCGAACAACGGGAACGGCGGAAGCAACGCCAACAGCGGAUCUAGUAGCAUCGGCACUUUGGGAGGUUUGCUCCUGGAUCGAUCUUACAGCAACGGCCUGAUAUCCUCAUCCGGUUCUACCUGCGCCUCGUCCACGUCGCCAUCGUCCUUCGAGUCCAAUAGCACGGUGAUUACGAAGCGUUUCAGCUCGGCCAACAGCCUAGGUCCGUUCCCCACCACGAUCAGCGAUCUCAGUUUGAACGGUAUUAACGCGAAUCCUUACGAGAAAUGGAGCAACGGAGGCAGCGACGCGUUUCCGGUGGUGUCCACGAACGACCACUUUCCGAUGGCGACGUCCGUCGUUGUGGCGGCGAACGCCGCCUCGUCCGACUCCGUUUUAGGCCUGACGUCGAAACUGAUGUCCGCCGCGGUGAUAUUCCCGCCAAAGUCGCAGAUCAAGCGACAGAAGAUGAUCUAUCAUUGCAAAUUUGGCGAAUUCGGGGUAAUGGAAGGACAGUUCACCGAGCCGUCCGGUGUUGCGGUGAACGCGCAAAACGACAUUAUCGUGGCCGACACGAACAAUCAUCGGAUCCAAAUAUUCGACAAAGAGGGCAGAUUUAAAUUCCAAUUCGGCGAGUGUGGAAAACACGACGGUCAAUUGCUGUACCCGAAUCGUGUGGCCGUGGUGAAAACGUCCGGCGACAUAAUCGUUACCGAACGCUCGCCGACCCAUCAGAUACAGAUAUACAAUCAGUAUGGUCAGUUCGUGCGUAAAUUCGGAGCGAACAUCUUGCAGCAUCCGCGCGGCGUAACGGUCGACUCGAAGGGACGCAUAGUCGUCGUGGAAUGCAAAGUGAUGCGCGUGAUAAUUUUCGACCAGACCGGCAACGUGCAUCAGAAGUUCGGAUGCUCGAAGCACCUGGAGUUUCCAAACGGGGUGGUGGUAAACGACAAGCAAGAGAUUUUCAUCAGCGACAAUCGCGCGCAUUGCGUGAAGGUGUUCAAUUACGAGGGCUCCUAUCUGCGACAGAUCGGCGGAGAAGGGAUCACCAACUACCCGAUCGGGGUAGGGAUCAACGCCGUCGGCGAGAUACUGAUAGCAGACAAUCACAAUAACUUCAACCUGACCAUCUUCACUCAAGACGGUCAACUGGUUUCCGCUCUGGAGAGCAAGGUCAAGCAUGCCCAAUGUUUCGAUGUGGCUUUAAUGGACGACGGAUCGGUCGUGCUAGCCAGCAAGGAUUAUCGACUCUACAUUUAUCGUUACGUACAAGUACCGCCGAUCGGCAUGUAGACCAGCGACAAAUCACGACGCCGACAACGAUCGUCUGUCGUCGUUUUCAUUGUUGUCGUUGUCGUAGUCGUAGUCGUUGUCGUUUUUAUCGCCAUCGUUUCGACGGCCACACAGCCACGAUCUCAUGGAUCUUUUUUUACUUACACUUGCCUAUCUUCUUCUUCACCCACCUACCAUCACCGCUCGCGCUCACUUUACCUAUCCAUCUUCGCCGCCCGCUCGAACCACCUCACUUCCGUUUACGAAACUCCGAUUACGAGACGAAACAACAAGAUGCAAGCGUACGCGAGCGAACACGCGUUCACCCGACAGCUGUCGAAAUUUCAGACGAUGACAGGCCUUAUUUACACGGACAUGGGCGCGUACGCGCGUGCGACCAAGCUGCGCGCCGACUAGACGAUAACCGGUCAACGAGUUACGUUCUCUGUCGCUUUCGGACAGGCGUGUGACGUCUUUCACGCGGGUACGCGCUUCGGACGAUUAAACGCGACGAUUAAACGCGACGAUUCUUCGAACGAGGAUUCGAGGGUUUGACGAGAGAAAAAAGACGGGAAAGAAAUCGAUGGUAAAUUUAUGAAAACUCGUAGGGCACUCGACAGCCAAUGGGCGCUUCGUGACACGCACGCGUGCAAUCCUCUUGAAAACGCGUACGCGCACACGUAUCAGAUGCUCGUACAAAAUGGAGAAACGCAGGCGAGUUUGGAACGCCGAUUUUCUCGCGCGCGGAACGUAGCCGCGCGCGCACGAAAAAUGAAAAGUCACACGAGACGUGUAGGCGCAUACACGCAGAGAAAUUACUUGUUAAUGUUGUUAUAACUGAAAAUACUGUUGUUGUUGUUUAGUUGUAGAGCUCGCCGCCGCUAGUCACUCCAUCCUCAAUCUCACCACUCUCUUACCUUUCAGCCUUUCCCAUUUUACUCCCUAUCUGUCAGUUCUUGUCGGUUACGUCUCCCAUUUUUCCACGAAAAUACAGGGUGUAUCAGUUUCUGUAACAUCGAAACUUUGUCGGUACGUUUCAUGGAUCUAAAUAGGAAAACGAUGUUACGUAAGCAUGGGUCGCUUAAAACUUUGUCGAAAAGUUACGACGAAAAUACGAGAUACGCGCGGUUGCUGGCUGCAACGCGCGAACGAAUCAUUCACAUCUCGAUCUAUUUAUGGGAAUUACGUUUACGAAAUUUCUAUUCGAGAUGUGGUAUAAUCGCGCUUAAGUUUCUUGGCGGUACAAAUUCGAGAGCAUUCGAAGACUGAAAUCGUCGAAAUGCCGAUUUUGCUUCUACCUUUAUUUUCGUUUCGCUUCGCUUCGAUAAUAAAAGAAUGAAGAAAAAGUAUUUUCUCGCAACUUUUCAACGAGCUUGUUAAACCAUCCAUGGUCGUAACUCGCCUAUUUAGACACCCAAAUAUAUCGAAUGUUUAAAACUUUUGACCGUUAAAAUCCGAAACACCAGAUCCGUUCAUACCCUUGUUCACACUUCCCGCUCCAUUCUCCUUUCCGUCAAUUUCCUUGAGAAAAACCGCGAGGUGCGUGUUUCCGAAAAUCUCGGAUGCGUUAUGUUUCUGCAUGUAUCUUAGUCGAAUCGUGCUAACGAUCGAUCCGGCGGAACUCGGGACUGAAACUCGGCUUAAUCGCACUCCACGAACACCGCCGUUCAGUCUCGUUCGUUUUCUUCCAACCCAGAGCGAUAGGAUUUUUCCAUCGACUUGGCCGAUUUACGGACGAAUCGACGCCUGCGAGAGCUUGUUUCGUCGCUCUCUCUCUCUCUCUUUUUUCUCCUCUUACAUGCAUACGUAAUUGGAAAAUAACGCGGAGUACUCAAUCGAUGCUUAGACCUUUGCACCGCCUCGGAUUACUCGUUGAUCCAAGGACGAUGAUAAUCGACAGUAUCGAUCGGCAACGCUGUCGAGGCUUGUCCGUUCUUCGAGCUUUCGCAAGCCUGUGAACUUUGAAGACUUUUCCUGUUUAACGACGGACAAUGCUGCAUCGACUUUUCCAAAUCCUCUUUAUCCUUACGUGUCGUUCUCUUGUCUCCCUCUUUUAAGGUGGUUAAGCAUAUGUUCUUUUUAUAUAUAUAUAUAUAUUAUAUUGUAUACAUAUUUAUAUGUAUGUGUUUCUUUUUUUUUUUUUUUUUUUUUUUUCAUAGUAAUCAACGACAACUCCGACGAACAUUCGUCUUAAGAUACGCUAUUUUAAGUACGACAGUGACGACAGUCGAAGUUUUGUUCGCUUAAUCGACUCUUCUUACCUUUGUUUCUCGAUCGUUUCCCUCGAGAACUUUCCCUUUUGUUUUCUUUUAACGCGCCUUUUCCUUCGCGUAUUACUUUAUUUCGUUUCUCUUAUUAACCCUGCUCGUUGCAAAUAAGACUGUCUCGAAGAAACGUUCAACGUGUACGAUUCGUUGACGACGGACGAUUCUUUCGUAUUUUGCUCAGACUCGAGACUAUGUUGGUCGAAGGUUGAGAAGAGCACGACAGGUCGAAAAGUGGAAGCGGCGAGAAGCAGAAAAGAGAAGCGCGACAGGGUUAAACACACGCGGAUAAGCAACGCGUACGAUUUAUGUUUCAUUUUGACGAUGGUGAGGUCGAGAGGCCGCCUGCCUGAAGGACGACGAGAGGUUGCGAAGAGAGAGCGCGCACGCGCGCGCCCGCGGAAAAGACUGACAACUUGGUUCUUCUCGUUCCUCGGUUCAACCUUCGUGCAGCCAAAUGAUUCGCGAUUUCCAUGAAAUCGACGAAAGCUGGACAGACGCGCCAUCUUCUCGUUUAACUUGAUCUCCCUCUUCGGGGCAGUCUUCUAAGGAUGUUCGAUCGACGUCCAGAAGCGUGUCAUUGAACGAUCGUUACGAUCGUUCGAUGAGAAAACGGUAAGAAAUGCGUAGAAAACAGCUGUUUCUCAGUCGCUCUCGAACAUUUUUAUUUCAUUUUGCUGAAUAGAACCGUAGUAGUGUUACGCUGUAGCGAGUAGUCGUAGUGAAUCGUAGUGAAGCGAUGUAACGAAUUAUUUGCUCGGUUCUGUUCCUCUCUGCAUCGUUUCGUUCACACCGUUUCCUUUUCCACGACGUGUUGUGAUUCAGCCAGAAACGAUUCCUUCCUACCCUAAACGCACCCUAAAUGUACCAUCGCCAUUGCGAUCCAUCGCACCGUUACGAUUACCAUCACCGUCGUUAUCAUCGCCACCUAUCACCGAUACUAUCACCGAUACUAUCCUCUUUCGAGUAUGUUGGUUUCUUUUUCCUUGCUAUAAUUGAUAAAAACGUGUGUUACGCUAGUAACCUUUUUUUAAUUUGAAUGUAUAGUAUUAAUAUAUUUUGUUGGGUGAAUCGACGAUGAUGGAAACCUCGCGCCAGGUUCCGCCACGUGACUUCAUGCAUGUUUACUAUUACAAAUAUUAUUAUUUUUAUUAUAUUAUUAUUGUAUGUAUUGUAUGUAUGUAUGUAUGUAUGUUUGUAUGUAUGUACGUACCAAUUAUUAUUAUUAUUAUUAUUAUUAUUAUUAUUAUUAUUAUUAUUAUUAUUAUUAUUAUUAUUAUUAUUAUUAUUGUAUCAUUUCUAUGUUUAUAUAUUCAUUAUUUAAGCACCAUACGUCAGAUACCGUGAGAGCGUUAUGAUUCUUGAAGCAUAUCUUUGACAAUGGAAUAUACCUAAUUAUUUUCUGAUAACGUGUCAUUGGAUAUGUAACGAGGUUAGCUGGCGUCCCUCGGUGUCGAAAAGUACAAAACUAUGAAUUACGAGGAUCUUCCGAGACGUCGUCAAUUUUCUUAUUCGAUGCGAACUAUUCGCGGGAGUCGUACGAUCAGGUCGCCCGGAAGUUGUGGAAAGUCUGAUAGUCGGUCUGCAAUUUUCGGCACAUCGAUCCAGGCGAUACGACGUCGAAUGAAAAAUUUGUUAAUUCGAUAGUCUUGUUAUAUUUCCGUUUAACCGUGGUUUGAUCGCCGAGUUGAUUCGAACGGACGUAUCUGGCGCGGUAAAACGACAUUCGGCGUCUACCGGCUGUUAAUUUUACACGCGUCUCAGAUACAAACUGUCACGGUCUUGUCGUUUCAAAAGUAUCCGAUUUUUUAUCAAAAUUUACCGGUUUUUUUAAUUUUCCGCUUUGCAGCGACACAGGCGAAACAAGUAAAUGUUCGUAAUUCGACGUAAACUUGAAAUUGAAAUUAAAAGUUGGAAACAUUUUCGCGUUACCUGGCAGAGAGAUGACUGGAUUUAGGCGACAGUUACCGGUGGAUACGUCCUUUUGAUACGACACGGCGGUGCUAGUUUUGUAUAAUUUCGGAUUUCUCGUCCGACUAAAUCGAUGUCACCUAAUUGCUCGUUCCUGAAAUUUUCGAAACGUUCGAGAGUCUCGAAUGGAAUUCGGAACAUUGACAAAUUAGAUGGAAAUUGUUAGAUGGUACUUAGAAUUCGUGGAUAAAGAAAUAAUAGGCGAGUUCGUUCGUAUUCUAGUUGAUUAAGUUUGAUCAGCGAAUAUCUUUUUCCUUGAAUAGGAAAUCGUUAUCGUUAAAAAUCGAUGUAUUUUCCUUAGUCUAUCUAUUUCGUAAUUAAUUCAUAACAGUACGUAUUGAGAAGUUGUUAAUGAAAUAUUUUGCGCUGUGAAACAGGUUGUGCCGCCUUAAAACUUGUUAAACUUCUUUCGUAUGUGUUUUCAUAGCGAUCUACGGUGGAAUGGUAUUAAGGCAAUGAUCAGUGAGAGGAAGGAGGAAAGUUGUGGAAAGUUGAUAGAAGAUCCUUGAUAAUUCGUCGUCGUUAUAUCGUUCGCUAUUCGAAUCGAGGUCCUUACACGUUCAAUCUUAACAUCUUCACGCCAGACACGCGCUCCGUCAAAACCGACCAACGUUCUUCCACUGAAUCGUGCAAUUCGGUCGACUCUGCCGCGAUCCUCGCGCAAUUCGUCCGCUUCGAUCUCGCUUUCGUUUCGGCGGGCGAAAGUAAACGUUUCUUUAACGUUUUGGAAAUUAAAAGGUCGUUACCGUUAUCAAAACAUACCGAUGGGAUUCGCGUCGUAUCUUGUCCGAGUGGCAAGAAGAUACUUUGAACGUACUUUUCGCUAAAAAGAUAGGAUCGGACGGUGAACGAAUGAAAGGGCGCAGCAGGGUGAAUUUGUCUCUCCUGUUCGUGCGAAGCUAGCGGGGCUCUGGAUUCGACGAAAGGAGACGGCGCGACCGAGCUACGCGAUCUGUCAGACGGAAGAACAACGAAAGUACGAUCGGACAAUUAGACGGGCUAUCGUCGUGUACAUCUGCAGUAUUCUAGCUAAUUUUUGUCAGCGACGGUAUGCUAGACACACGGAUAGAAACGCGAGUAAAAAACGAAAUUAGAAGGAGCAUAGAGAGAAUCGAGGAAAGGGACAACCGGUUGAGAUACAUGGAAAUUUUCACGUUAUUCCGUAUUGAAUACCUUACUGCCAAAAAAUCGUCGAGAUUUCCUUUUCGUACGGUUCUUUCGUUUUUCAAUUACUUUUCGCCUUUGUGUUUCUCGUCUUUCCACCUUUCUCUUUCGGUGAAAACGACGAAGAGUCGAAAUAAUUACAUCGGACUUUCUUCUUUGCAAGAGACAAAGUACGUAACAAUUUAUUCCAUUAAGAUCUGCAUCACAAGAUAUCUGUCCAUUAGUAUUUAAAUCGCGUAUUCUUGUUUUGAUUCGUAGUUAUUAAUAUUAUUAUUACUCGUAUUACUAUUAUUUUUUUAUUUUAUUAUUAUUAUUGCAAUUAUUAUUAUUACUAUUAUUACUAUUACCGAUUAGUUAUUGUAUCAUUAAUAUUAUUAUUACCGCGUAAACUAUAAUAAUAUGGCUGUAGAGAAAAAUGAACAUCGGAACGAGACGAUGCCACCUUGCCCAGCUAGCCAUCACUACCACUGUUUUUCCCUUCCGUUACUCAUAGCAUCCUUCGAGAAAUACGAACGAAAAUGAAAAAACCUGGUAUACACUUCGAUAUGCGUUAUUUCCAAAGUGAGGAUCGAGAUGUACGUGUAUGCGUGUGUGCCUGAGUGUUUUCUUGUAUGCGCGCGCUCUUUGCAUCCGAAAGAAGCGGUACCGAAGCACAUAAAGAAAAACAAACAUGCGACUCUCUCCUUUUUUUUUGUACUGGUUUGUUAUGUUAUUUUUUUUUUUAAACGAUACAACCCGAUUGUUCUUAAUUUAAAUUGUAAAUCGUAUUUUUGUUUGUUUUUUUAGUUAUUUUUUGUUGUAAAAUGCUUUUUAAUAAUAUUUUCAGUUCACAUUACACCGACAACUGGCAGUUUUUUGUCUCACUUUAUUUCUUCUUACUCUCGCUCGCUUCUCCGUACCUCCUUUCGUCCCCGAAAACACACCACUUGUGUACCUUUUUUUUUAUUUACGCUUCAUCGAUCCCCAACCCCCAACUAUACGUACACGCGUCAUAGAAUUUUAACCCUGUUCCGUUCAUUUGCCCAUUAUCGACACGUUUGUAUUUUCCUAAUCUUAUUUGCUAAUCUUAUCAAGUAGCUCUCUAUCUUUAAGGGCAAUACGAAGAAAUUGUUGUCGGUAUACGUCAACGCUUCUUAGCUUUUUCAACCUUUGCCAUUCGCUAUCCUACUUGUACGUGGAAACAAUGUACAGGAUGAAACGACUCUUUGUUAUAUUUCUAAUUUUGUUACUCAUAGUCGCGUGUCGAGACAAAACUAAAUUUAUUACACGCCAAGUGUCCCCAUCAAGAACCAAAGAUCGACUGAAUAUUCGAUGUAACGUUUCCCACGGUUAAUCGAUAUUUUUGAUUUUACGGUCGACGAUGAUCAUCGCUGAUCUGCUACAACGACCCAACCAAGAACUUGUAGUUUUUUAGUUGCUGGUAUAAGAGAAACGAUCGUUCCUUACGUUUUCUAUCGAUUGAGCCGCUAUCGUAUCGUCGCGAGACUAUAACAGUUGAGAACAUUCAAACACGUUUUUCCUAAAGUCGUGAAUUUUGCGUCAUUGUCGCAGAAAAUGAGCGUUAUAUAGUAAGAAACGUUAUAAUCGUGUUCAAGGACAUUUUGGAAAGUGAUUUAAGCGAAUUUUUAAAAUGCUAAUAUUCUAUAUAUAUAUCGAUCGAUGACUCGAUGAAUCCAUUAACGACUGGUGGUUGACGUCUUUCGUUUCAUUGGUAUGUGUCACCACCCCAUAACUUCAUUACGCGACCCAUAAGAAUAUGUAAGAAGCUCUCGUAUACUUGAUUGUUUGUUACAUAUUUUCUUAAGACGCGAACAAUAAAAUUAAAGCAUAGAAAUUCCACGAUCGUAGCAGGGUUAAUCAAAAUUUCGUGAAACAUUAACGAUUUCGUAACUCUCGUUUUUACCGAUACAACCGUCGGUUCGCGAUUUGUUAAAUAUUUUGAUUAUACUUUUAUAAAAAUGUAAUAAAUUUUCACAGAAGGAAACGCAAGAUAAUUUAUUUUCAUUGUCGGAAUUGUCUUCAACUAAUACGAAUUGUAUCAUUGUCAAAGAGGAAACGUUUCAAGACCUUUCUGUUCCAUUUUUCCAUCGAACAAAAUACGCUGCAACAUCGGUGCAACGUUGUUUCCUACUAGAAAUUCGACGCGAUCAUAAAACUAUUUUAUCGUAUCGAAUCAUUUGCUUCUUUCGCCUUCUGUACGAUAAAUCCCUCACUGUCCCAUUUCCUUAUUUCUUUCGAUAUCUAAGUUUAGUUAAAUCCCGUUGCGAAACACAUUCCUCGAAAACUCCAGUAGAAACAUUCCAUUUUAGUAAGAGAUUAGUUGAUAUAUAUUUUACGAUUAUAGUUUUUAAUAUCGUUUAAAAACACGUCUUCGUUACAAAAUUCAAUUCGCCGGCUGGAUCGUGCCGCUUCCACGCUUGUUUCUGCUUUUACGAAAAUUUGAACGAUUCAAAAGAUCGGAGAUUCUCAAGUACUAUCGACUGCGUAUUUUCGUAUAAAUGAAAAGAGCGACCCAAAAACCAGAGUUCUUUUCGUCUAUUCUGGGUCCUAUAAUUUUGGUAUUGAUUUUUGUGCCAAUUAUUAUUCAGUUCCCAACUUUUCACGUUACGAACAUCAGUGCUUGUGUCUUAAAAGAUUGGAACAUUUUUUGAUAUUAAACGUUAUUCGAUAUGAUAUUCAAGUUCAAAAUUCGUCGUUGACAUAAAGUCGAGGAAUUUUCUUUCACCUCUCAGAAACUAACGAUUGGCUCAAUUUGAAAAUUUCUUGCCAUACGCGUCUCACCGCAAGCGGAAAAUUCAGUUCCAAAAUCGUGGGAUUAAAAUUGAGCGACUGACAAAAUUUGCUAUUCUUUGGGUCAUUGGCUCUGCUUCGUUCGUUAACUAUUUCACUUUGAAUAUUUUACAUAUUUUUGCAUAUUAUACAUCGUGUGCGCUCUUGCACCUUCGAAUUUCUCAUAAAUUUAUAAAAAUCCGCAGUCUGAUCACGAGAAAGCACCCCUAAACGACAAACGAGUUACGAUUACGACAGAAAGAUCGAGCGAGAAUUAUUUGUAACGAAGACAUUGCUUGUGGCAUGUACUUAGUACCAGAUGUGUGUUUUCUCAUUAUUUUUCUUUUGCACGCGACGCAUUUCUGCGUGGAAUUCGAUCUUAAGUUUUCAUUCGUCGAACGCGAAGAGAACGACUCGAGAGAACUGCAGGCCUAAAUUUAAGAAACCAACAGAUGCCAAACCUUAUUAUCGUUAAUAUUCACGACACGACUGAAACGAACAAACUGAAGGCUGAACCAAGCGAAAAUUUUCAACUUAUUCGAUUGGAAAAUUUACAAAUACCGUUUAUUCGUGUCUAUAAAAUGUUUAAUUAGGGGAAAGUUCGCUACAUUGGACCGCUUAAGAAGGUACAUCGAAAACGUGUUUAUAGCUUUGAGCAGGAAAAUUUGAGAACAAUUUUAGCAUUGUAAGCGAUACAUACAUCUGAUAAAGUAGGUUGAAACGCUAUAUGGCUAAUCGGGGAAAGAUAUUUUCGUCAAUGAUCCGGCGUUGGACGAUAUCCUAAAUUGGACCAUACCUGUUUUCCUUUAUUUUGGAUAAGAACUUUAUAUUUAAAAAAGAAUACUUAUAUCCCAAGAAAGAUAAAAAAUAUCUCCGAAAACUGAUAUGCGUUUGAAGAAAUAACCAAUCGCUGUUAGUACAGCUCAAGUGGACCCGUUUCUUACGAUGAAUCCACUCUUCUACCACGACUGAUUCCAAUGAUGCAAACAACCAAACGACACAAAUGCAAUCUUCGUCCUCUUCAUCCUCCGAUUCGCUCGAACGAUCCUGUACCAUAAUCUGUUUCUUUUUUGAAAUGUAGCGGCUACGACAGUUUCAACGGAAGCCAGCUUUUUCCGUUUCUCGAAUUCCAUUUUAGCCAUAACUCGAAUAUCCUUCUUAUCGUCGGAUCUACGUUUUCACGUAACUUUUGGUACAUUAUAUCCCCCGGCUAUUUCGUUUAAACCUGCGAUAUCAUUUUUAUAUGCCGUUAUGGCUCCUUUCAUAGUUCUUCGUCCCAUUUCCCAUAUCUUUCACACGGUGAUUUUUAUCCUUAAGAAAAGAAAAACGUCCCAUAAUUCACUUCGGUCUAACUCGAGGACCAUUAAAUGUUUCAAUUUUAACGUGCACGUGCGAUGAAGAAAAAUCAGUACCAGUAUCGGAUAAACGUUGCGAUAAUAUCAAAGAUAUGACUCUUCUUAAAAAAUUAUAUUCCUAAGAAUCCAAAAUUUAUCUACCAGACAAAAGUUACAGUUUGACGGAAUCACACCAGCCUACAUAAAAAUAAAGUAUUCGUCACACUGCAGCUGUUAUUCGUUCUACAGUGUUUUGUUUCAAUGCUAUUACUAAGCAACGUGUAAACUAUAAUUUCAUAAGACAACCUCUAUGGGAAUAAAGACUAUGGUCCAAUUUAAGAACUGUUGGGUGGUUCGGUUUAAGGAACUAACCCGGUCUCAACGUUUACAUGUAACGAACAGAAACUAGUACUCGUAUCGGAUAAACGUGACGAUAAUAUUUAAAGCAACGAUAAUAUUAAAUUAAAAUGACCCUCCUAUAUAAAAAAUUAUAUCCGUAAGAAUUCGCAAUUUAUCUCGCUCAGAAGUAACGACUUGUAUGAAGUAAAAGCAGAAUUAUAUCGGCCAGCAUCGAAACAGAGCAGUCACCACACUGCAGGCAGCAUGAAAGCGGCAACUGCAUGCGAAAAAAUGUCACUUGAGACAAUGUCUAUGCGAGUAAAGAUUAUGGUUCGAUUUAGGAUCCGGUUCGAGUUAGGGAACUUUCCCCUAUUUUUCAAGUAGACCAAUUCAAGAUACGAGAAACUGUUUAUUAUAUAAAUCCUAGUUGGAUAAUUCACCAUAUAAUUUGCUAUUGGCAUCGGAUUAAUGAUUACCGAUCAAUCAAAUGUCCACAAACUUCAACAACGUUGAUGGAUCCUUUGCUUCGCUCGAAAAGCUGCGUUCCUUUUUUGCCUAUUCUCGUGUCAAUUUCAUAUUGCAAUUCCUAGCACUAAAGCCUGACGCUACAGAUAUUCCACGAUUCAAAAAUAAAUAUCGAAAUUUCCUUGAUGUCCUUUGAUCCCAUACUUGAAAAAAUUUCUAUCGUAAAGGAAACAGGAAUAGAUGGUUAAAGUUUGAAAUCCAUUCAACGAUAUCAAUCUGUCGCGCUGCUACGAUGCUUUUCAAAUGUCAUAAGUUGAUCGAUAGGAGUAUCUCAACUUUCCACUGGCUUUGCAAAGGAUAAGGAUCAUCGAACGAGAAGUCGGUGAAAUGGUUGCGUAAGAGAUCGAACGAAGCAGCGAACAGAGAUCUGGAAGUAAAAAGCAAUUCGCCAGAAACUUCACGAUGCUUGGCGGUAUCGAUUGCCGGAAGUUAAUAUUAAUGAAAAAAAAAAAACAAAAAUAACGACUUUUUAGAUACCUAUAGCGGAUUGUAGAUGUCGCAUAAUAUAUAUUUUUGUACGUUCGCAAUGUGCGUAUUUAAGGCAAUCGCGUCGAAUAUCGUUGAAGACAGGCAAUCACGAGAGGGCAGAGAGAAAGAGAGAGAGAGAGAGAGAGAAAAAGUUUUCUUUCGUGACAAGAACAACAAAAAUCGUCACAUUCGUGAUUCUUCGGGAUUCAAUCGCGUUAUCGGUAGCUCUGUUCCGACGUCUCGCGAACGUUCUGGUUCGAUCGUUCGGGACAGUCCUGACGACGAUUCGGGAAGAAUCACGAAUACGUCAGCUGGUCGACGGGAAGGUUAAAAAUCUGAAAAUCUAUGCAGAAAACGUAACCGCAGUGAUUCUAAUUGAUCGCUUGAACUGGAAGAGAGGAGGAGAAAUAGAGAAGCGGCAGCAGUGCAAAAAAUUCCACUUGGACGAACGACGAUUAAUUUCCAAACGGUAGUAGCGGCGCGCGGCGACUCUGUACGUAAUCAAGGCAAAAAACGAAAAAAGAAAAAAAAGAAAAGAAACAAUGAAAGCAAAAAGUUAUACUCUCCCCGGGCCCAAGUAACGUUACUUUGUGAGAGAAAAACGAAAAGCUGAGAGACGACUAAAGUGAGAUGAUGUGAAAGUGACAUGCAAAUUUGUCUACGAGUGUAAGAGAGAGAGAGAGAGAGAGAGAGAGAGAGAGAGAGAGAGAGAGAAGAACGAAAGAGACGAAAGAGACGUAUGUAUGCACGCGUGAAUGACAGAAAACCAGAUACAACAUCGGGUGAGCUAGAUUGUACGAUUGGAGAGAGAGAGAGGCACUAUUUUUAACUUGAAAAAAAAAAAAGUAAUUACUCCAAAUAUUGUUGCAUGCUUAGUUAUCGUAUUAUAGUCGGGAACGACGUUUUAACGCUAAUGAGGUAUAACUGAACUGUAAGAAACGACAAACCCGAAAUCGGUCGGACAGCAGCGACGAGAACCUCCGUGUCGCGGCACGAUCGAUUUUUUUCUUAGACCGUAAGCGGUAUACACGUAUUAAUUACUAUUGUACACGUACGUCAUUACGAUUAUUAUUAUUACUAUUAUUAUUAUUAUUAUUACCAUCGUCAUCGUUAUCAUUGUUAUCGUCAUUACCAUUACGCUACCAUGGUCAUGGUCAUUAAUUAAUCGCGUGAUUACGAUUACCAUAACGGUAUGUGGAUACACGCAGUGUACCCAUGGACGAUCGACGAUCGACGAGGAACAUACUGAGAUCGAUCGAACAACUUUCAGAAACAAGAACAGUGUUCGAGAUACGGUGCCACGAGACACCUCUAACGUUCAUUAUUCCAUUAAAUCUUCGACUAUUUAUUCGAUGUUCUGCUCGGAGAAAGAUUUAAUCGUUUUCGACUUUAAAGCAUAGGACGUAACGUUUUGUUCCGAUCGAAUCGACAUUCUUUGCUCGAGAUCUCGAGGAUCAUCGAAACGUGGGAUACCCAGCCACGGUGAUCGUCAGGCUCCAAGACCCGCGGAUCACCUGUCGCGAUCGGUUAGCAGGCGAUUGCCAAAUUGCCAAAUUGGCGACGAUGUCUCAAACUUUCGAGUAGGAGUCGUUGAGAAUAAGCAGGAACAAAUCGAACAGAAGCUCUGGUAUUGUAGCCUACGAUGGUUAUCAUCGAAUAUGGAUAAAUGUUGCCAAAAUCUACGAGAAAAUUAUAUCUCUUCUUGCUGCAAUUAACUCGAAGAAUUGAGUUGUUAUCUAAGAAGAAAGGAAUUUUCUCUUGAUAAUCGUCUUAUUUAGUUACGUUGGUACGCGCACUUUGGUAACGUUAUAUUCUUGUCGAAAUGAUCCUCUCUGUAAGUUUAAACCAACGUGGAGAAAUUUUUGGAAAGAAAUACAAAAUAGAUCCGGGUGCGAGAUUCUACUGUCGCCUAUUCUCAGCGAUUCGUAACUUUCGUUUUACCAACGUGGAAAGUUGAAAGAAACUACGAAACUAAACUCGUCUUUCCGAGAUACGAUAUAAACCUAUCCAUUGUAAAUUGGGCACAAUCCCCGAUUCCAAAGGAACCGCUUACGAUUUCGAAAGAUUGGAGGGGAUAUUUUUGAACGUGCAGGUAUCCGCCAGAGUGAUACCGGGCGAAAAAGUUAUUCUUGUAUUUCGCGGCGAUGCAAAGUGUAUGAAAUUCUUCUGCGUUCUUCGGAAAAGAGGAAAAUUGGGAACUUACAAAUCGUAGGGGCAUUCCGUUGCAAAAGCCGUUCUCGCGUAUCAAAGAGGUCGUGUUACGUUCGUCGAGUGAUAAAUAGGCUAACGAAGAUUCACGAACGCGCACUAUUUUUCAAAGAUAGAGAUAUACCUUCGUGACCAUAAACUUACUUAUGGUGUAUGCUGUUGGCACGCGGAAUAUGGGAGAAGCGAGAGAAGAAAAUUCUUAGUGAAACGGGCGGAUCGAGCGAAAGUACCGAGCAGCCAUCGCCGAUCCUUCGAUGAAACUGACAAAUCAAAAUAUCGUUUUCAUUCGCUCGCGCUCUUUUCAUCAAAGUUGCCCGACUAACGGGCAAACGAUACGAGUUUUACUACUUUGUUGAACAAACGAGAACGCGAGUUCUCGCAAAGAUUCGAUAGUUGGCAUCGCGUAUGCAUCCAUCGAACGAUUUAGGCCUACUGUCCACGAAGCCUCGCUUCAUAGAGGCCUAAGUCCAGUUUUGUCAGACGCGAGGAUACGUCUACGCCUUGUUCAGUCUACGAAGCGUACAUCGUGACACGUUUCGUCUCGUCGUUGAAACGUCGAGCGACGAGCAAGACGCUUUCAUCGUGCAUCGCUGCGUUACACCUACUCCCACUGUUUUCCCCGCACAUUCUCGACACGAUCGUAGAUCGAAGCUCGCGUAUCGACCGAAAAAUCGCACGUACGAUUAAGAUCACGACGAAAACGAGCAACGACGAAGACGGUUGGCUGCCGUUUGCGCGGAUAGCUGCGCGUUACUUGGCAAUGAUCGUUGCGUCGAAUCUGAUCGAGGAUCUGAUACGCGUCUAUGAGGCGACGCUGCGUGGACGGUGAGUCUUGUUGGUAGCCAAGCGGCUGUUGGUUGAACGUCACUCGCCAAACGGGUGGCGCGAUAUUGUUUUCCGAGAAUGGAGGAAAAUCGGGCAACGAGCUCGUUCGUUCGCCUCGACGAUGGACCACCGAGCGUCGAGUCGUCGCGGACGAGGUUGCAAAGACGACGAAACCUCGUGGUCGGUCUCUGCGCUCGGUCUUUCCUCGUUGGAAGAAAGUCGAAAGAGAACGAAGAUAGGCAGAGGGAUGGAGAGAAAGGGUCGAGUAGGAUAACGUAGGAUCCGUUGAUUGUACAGCCAUGUAGCGCAGUGUGUGUUGUAAGUUAAGGUAUAUUUUGUAGGAUUAAAUGUCGAUCGUUUCUAACGUAAGUAAUACGAUAGCUUUGACAGGGGUGAGAAUGAGCGCGCGCGUUAUUAUACGUGUUAUACGCUAGUAGAGACAAAACGAUCUCCAGUAUUCCAUGAUGUGUGUAAUUGUGAUCGUUAAUCACUCCCCACCCCCCUCCCCCCUGACGAUUUUUAUUUUUAUCAAACGAGACACGAUGGAACGAGGAGAGUCGAAAGGAUUAUCGAGCAACCGUUUGCCGGUAUAAUUAAUCGCGCUGGUGUCGAACGUUAUAUAAGGGGUUUUAAAAAGUUUGUGAUCGAGAAAGUAGGCUAGCGCAAGCGUAGUAGAGAUAAAGGUGGAGUAGAAGGAACAUUGACAAAACUAUACGUAUUUACGAUACAUCCGCAGAGAAUCGACUGUUGUUUCAUUGGCCAAUUUUUCUCGUGCCGCCCAUCAUCUUGUUAUUUACUGUGUCGUAAGUCGUGAAUGAUAAACAAUAUACGUCUUGUACGAUUAAAAUAUCUAGUCAUGGCCUCUCGGUAAUUUAUUAGUUGACGUUGCAUGCAAUGGAUAUUAUAGGUCGGACGAAAUCGAAGCAGCUCGGUUUCGUCGGAACAUCUAAGUCAUCGAAUGAAGACGUUCACAGGGAGACACGCAAUAAUACACGUACGAAAUAAAAAAAAAAAAAGAUUACGUAUGACGUGGCAAA